AUGCAAACUCCUCCCCUAGCCCACCAAGGACAACAACAGCCGAUGAUGUACCAGCAACAAGCGAACGGCAUGAACUACCAACAACAGCCUGGCAUGAUGCAGCAUGAUCCAAACCAGCAUCAAAUGCACCAACAACAGCAGAUGUACGGACAACCCCCGCCGCAGCAAUAUCAGGGCGGACCCACUUCUCCCCCGGGCCAGGGUCAGCAGAUGGGUGGUGGCGGCAUGGCUCAAAACAAGAAUGACGGCAGCCAGUUCAAGACCGCGACAGCGAUUCCGAAUCUGGGUAUGGGCCCUGCCCCAGUGGAUUGCCCUAGCUGCGGGAAAAGAGGAAUGACCAGAGUUAGCUAUCAAGCUGGAAAUACCACCCACAUCUGGGCCGGAAUCACCUUUUGCUUCACCCUCUGCCUCUGCUUCAUUCCAUACUUGAUGAACUCCCUCAAGGACGUGCAGCACCACUGCAGCAAUUGUGGUGUCCUACUCGCCACGUGGCACAAGAGUGGUGCUGUGGACGUUCAUAUGCAUGGUUAG